CGACGCUGCGUGGGGGUGUUUGUUCGCCUGAUGUCAUUUGGCAGAAGGGGAGGCUGAGCUAACGGUGGGCACAACAAUAACGUUAACCGUCCACUCUGUGGAGUUGUCAUAUCAUUUGUGAUUCAAACACCGUGUCUUGAGAGCACAGUCCAACAGAAGAAGAAGAAGAAGAGGAAGAGGAGGGGGAGAAGCUGGCCGACGGACUGAAAGCACCAGAUGCUCUUCCAGCGGAGGUGAUCGGACUGAGCAGGAGACGGUGAUGGGUUCUCGUUUCCCAGACGGUUAGCUAGCUAACGCUGGACCUUUGUUUAGAAAUACGGACUCCGUGUUGGCAAGUGAUAGGAGCUUGGUUUGCCUCUCUCUCUGCCGUCUUCUGUGUGACUCUGUGUCUGAAAUGCUAGCGGAGUCGCGGUCUCGUCCGUCGAGCAGCCUUUGGGCCGCAGCUCGGAACACCGAACCCGAAUCUGGGAACUAGCUAGCUAGCUACCCGCUAGCCGCAGCUGUACCCGAUGCUGCUGCGGCUGCUGCUGCUGCUGCUGCUAAACGGAUCAAGGAGACAACACGAGGGCCCCGGCGCCGAGUGAGCUGUUGUUUACGGUGCUGGACUACAACGGGCUUUUGAGAUGUGAUGCUUUUGUGUGUCGUUUUUGAGCUUUUUGUAGCUGGAGGCUCUCGCUUGCUGGACGCGAAGGAGAAGCUAACGUUGCUGCAAAAUGAACAGCAGAACCACAACAGCGGGAUCCUGCUGAAGGGGGCGAGGUUAAACUGAUAGCAGCCCACCUGGUUGUGUCUCACAACACCCGGGGGGGUCGCAUUUGGACAGCCACCUUUUCUCCGUGUCAUUCCUCCUCUCCAUCUCCAUUUGGCAAUAUGGAUAAACUAACCAUCAUUUCAGGGUGUCUGUUUCUGGCGGCGGAUAUCUUUGCAAUAGCCAGCAUUGCGAACCCAGACUGGAUCAACACUGGUGAAUCAGCAGGUGCCCUCACAGUCGGUCUAGUCCGGCAAUGCCAGACCAUCCACGGACGAGACCGGACCUGUAUUCCUCCGCGGCUGCCCCCGGAGUGGGUCACCACACUCUUCUUCAUCAUCAUGGGCAUCAUCUCCCUCACGGUCACCUGUGGACUGCUGGUGGCAUCGCACUGGCGUAGAGAAGCCACCAAAUACGCCCGCUGGAUCGCCUUUACAGGCAUGAUCCUGUUCUGCAUGGCGGCGCUCAUCUUCCCCAUAGGCUUCUAUAUCAACGAGGUGGGAGGCCAGCCGUACAAACUGCCCAACAACACAGUGGUCGGCUCCUCGUACGUGCUGUUUGUCCUCUCCAUCUUCUUCACCAUAGUGGGACUUCUGUUUGCAGGCAAAGUUUGCCUCCCGGGUUGAGGACACGACAAUGCCCGCCUCUGGACCGACACAGGAGGCUCUGAAAGUUCUGUGGGAUUUACUAAAAAAAAAACACACAAUGACUGAAAAAUCAAAGACAACUAACUCUGCCCAGAAGGCCAAACAGGGAUGUCUUGGAUUAUGUGUCAUGGGACCGCAGCACCUCGGAGGACCUAAUGACUAUAAAUGAUAAAGAACAAACGAGCACUAACGAGGGGGCGUGGGCACAGAGGGGAGGAGGAGUAUGAGAGGGGGCAGCAGAUGCCGACGCAGCACCCUGCCUCUGCUGAUUUAAAAUAUGGCCGUCUCUCUGUUGUUGAUCUGUUGGAAAAGGGUGCUUUGUGUGCCGCUGUCAUGGCAACUGCGGCCACAAUGCUGGCACACAUUUCUUGAGGACCACUACAGCCACUUCUCAACUUAACCCCACACCCACCCACUCGCUGCCCUCAGCACACAUCUGUGCCGUAACAGCCGCUCCUGGCGCUAUUUUUGGCUCCUCUUAGCUAUUUCAGUUGUGUGUUUUUCUGUUGUUGUACAUUUUUUGUUUACUUUUUUGUUUUUUUUCUUCUUCCUCUGCCCCCUGCCGUAAUUUCACUGAAGUAACUUGAGUGUUACUGAGGUUCACUGAACUCGAUCCUUGAAGGGGAACUCGGGGAGGGGGUGGGGGGGGUUCUGCCAGCUUGGCUUCAGAGCAGGAUUUAUUCACGCUUGUCACUUCACGAGGCUCCAGGUGUGGGUCUGUCGAGAGCAGCUGUGGGACCAGCUGUCUGGGCUGCUGUGGACCAGAGGAAGGUGCAGCAGGUGUGCUGCAUCUUUAUCUCCAACCAGGUGCUGCUGGGGAGCAGGUAGCAGCAAGGGGAAGGGGGCCUCCCUGUGCAGCCAAACAGGAGGUACUAUAAAGGAGAAUGCCACUCAAUGUUAGACAUUGCAUUAUGUUAUUUAAAGCAGAAAUUAGUACGUAGACAGCUAUUUUACUAAGCUAAAGCCAUGACACUGAUGCACAUCCUUUGCCAAUAACUAUAAAACUGUGAAUCUAGAGAAUAAUCAUCUGAACGUAAACACACCUCUUGUAUUUGUAGUAAUGCUCUCUAAGUAUAACCACAGGCAGAGAGGCCUUUCAUGGUAUUUUCAAAGGUAUACAUCACUGUGGUGUUACAUUUCACUCAAUAUCUCUAAUUAUAGCGGACAGUAUUACAUUUUAUACGCAAAAAAUAACGUUACCUAAGGUGUGAAAAUAACAUUUGUGAACGCUGGAUAUUGGUGGUAUUCUCCUUUAAUGUUGGGCAGAAAAGCAAAGAGCCAGGAGGGAGCAAUUUUUUGUCUUGUUUUGUAGACACAGUCAAGGCAACCAGGACUGCAGGUCCGGUCCAUGCAUGGGGCUGUGCCUCAGUGUGCUGCCCGUGAGGCCGUGAUUGUCAAACGCACACUCACACACUUUAACAGCCAUCAGACACACACACUGUACUGUAUAAAUCCAGAUAUUAGGGCUUUGACUUACCAUUAUUUUCAUUGUCAUUACUGUUAUUUUAGCUAAUAUCAUCUCAUUACACUCCCGGUCAGUUGGCUUAUUUUGAAACAAUACUUUUGACUUCACCUUUUUUUCAUCUGCCCACAAGUUAUUGGUGGUGUCUAAAGUUAUGUCAGGCUUGAGGCAUGCCUGUGCGCUGUUAGUUUUGGAACUACAUCUUCCAUGUUUCAGGGAUAUAAAGGAUACUGUUUCCACAGACUUUGAAAGCUCUGUUGGCUGUGUGGACUGUUUUAUAAGAAGUGGUUGUUUCCUCCAGGUCUAAAAAGUGAGGCAGCUGUGGGAGUGCCUUAAACCUGCAUUCUGUCCGAUGGCCAACAGGGGGCGACUAUGGUUUGCAAAAGACGGUCUACCAGACAUAAACCCUACUUCUUGCUUGAUUUAUUUCUAAGUUUCUAAGAAUGUUAUGGUAUCAAUUUCAAUCAGGUAUGAUGGUAAUGUUCUAUUUUAUAUCAUCUCAGUGAGAGAAUAUAGACUAUAGAGCAGAAGAUGCUGUAAGCUCUGGCUAUGCCGUGAUUUAAAAGAUGCUUUCUCAGCAUUUCGUCAUUAAGAUAGACGUGUAGGAACGACUCUGCACUCUGUUUAGAUAUGAUCUCUUCUGCUCCAAUUAAAACAGAAAUCUCCAAUGUGUCAAAUGUGGACUCUUCAAAACAGAAGUCCAGUCCAAUUAAUAAAGUCAGGAUGCUCAAGCACUUCUUAUACACAGUCCAUGUGUACUUAAUCUGUCAGUUACACCUUUACAACUCUGUCCCAGUUUUGUUUUAAUUUAUUUAUUCACAUUUCAAAAAUUGGAAACAUUCAAAGAAUCCCAAAAUAGCUGCUAGUAGCUCUUAUUGCAAUUUAGCCACAGAGUUACAGAUGAACAGCUAUCACUAUUGAUGAUAAGAUACUGAUCAAAAACUUCAAUAUGCAUUUAUUAUCAGGCCAGUACUGUAGUGGAGAAAAUAGAUCUGAAUUAAAAGUCCACACAUUUACAGUCAUCUCUCAACUUAUCAGUGGUCACAAGACCAUUUCAGAGCUCAGACAUUUAUUUUAAGUAUCAUAGAAAGAAUACCUGCUGAUUCUUAUCUCUUGUGUGUGUGUUUGUGUGUGGAACCAAUCACGGAGCUCAUCGCUUGAGUCUUAAGAGUUUUGUUUUGUAUCUCUCGUUUCCUGCUCGGCUUUUUUUACUCUCUGCCUGAUGAUGUAAACUGCUACCUUUACACUCUGCAGUGCCCUGUCUUGGUUGGUUUGAGUAUUGUGCCAUGAGCUGUUUUUGUUUAAUAAUGUACAGACACAAAAAGGCAGGAUCUCUGUAUUAGAAAGCACUGUGCAUUCAACAGUAUAGGUAACAGAACUAGAAGCACCACAAAUGUAUAAAAAAAGAGAACUUCUUACCUCAUUGUUUUUUUGUUUCAGCUAUUAUUUUCUAAUGGUGGCAAAUGUGUGCCCUCUAAUUUGUCUCUUGCCUUGAUCGGAUGUCUUCACAUAAAGCCUAUGAUCAUAGGAAAUUAUUUAUCACUGAAUAAAACGAGGAAAAAGUGGGUGUGUGACUCUUAA